CCAAAGAAGGAGCCUCCACCACACUCCGGGGCAGAGAGUUCCACCGCUGAACGGCUCUCACAGUCAGGAAGUUCUUCCUCAUGUUCAGGUGGGAUCUCCUCUCUUGUAGUUUGAAGCCAUUGUUCCCUUGCGUCCUAGUCUCCUGGGAAGCAGAAAGGAAGCCUGCUCCCUCCUCCCUGUGGCUUCCUCUCUCAUAUUAAUACAUGGCUCUCAUCAUAUGUCCUCUCAGCCUUCUCUUCUUCAGGCUAAACAUGCCCAGCUCCUUAAGCCGCUCCUCAUAGGGCUUGUUCUCCAGACCCUUGAUCAUUUGAGUCGCCCUCCUCUGGACACAUUCCAGCUUGUCAAUAUCUCUCUUGAAUUGUGGUGCCCAGAAUUGGACACAAUAUUCCAGGUGUGGUCUAACCAAAGCAGAAUGGAGCAUGGGGAGCAUUACUUUUUUCUCUUCUUGAAGAUUGGGACCACAUUGGCCCUCCUCCAGUCUGCUGGAACUUCUCCCAUUCUCCAAGAACUCUCAAAGAUGGUUGCCAAUGGUUCCGAAAUGACUUCCGCUAGUUCCUUCAAUAAAUGCUCCCCAUUGUUCCAGGUUGUCUCUGGUGUGUUUAUGACAGAGCCAGCCUGGGAGGGGUCAAGCUGGGAGGGCCAAGAGGGUCUUGGCAUGGAGUCUGGCUGGGAGAAGGCGGGGUGCCUGUGCCCGGUGGUGAUAGGCCCAUGGCUGAGUUGGAUGUGGCAAAGUCUCAAGCUGGUCAUUGGCUCACGGCACAAUUGCAUUGCCACAUCAGGUCCUCAGACCGGUACAUCGAUGACCGCCUUGUGAGGCCAUGAAGCAGCUUUGCAUGGAUCAGCCAUGGGUCGUGCAGGACUGCUCUUGUUCUGGGACCCAACCCCCUUUGUAACCACCCUUCUUGGCCUUCCUUCGAGGCCGAGAGAGUGUGAUCUCUGAGGGUCAACCAAGGAAGCAGAGACGUGUGCCGGGCAGCUUGCCAGGCAGGGAUGGCAGCAAACACUCUUCCCCGCCAGCGGGACAGGGUCCUGACCCUAGAGUCCAUGAAUCCUUGCAUUAAGAGGAUGGAGUACGAUGUCCGGGGGCCCAUCAUCACCCGCGCCGUCCAGCUGGAGAAGGAGCUACAGCAGGGAGUAAAGAAGCCCUUCUCGGAGGUCAUCCAUGUCAACGUUGGGGAUGCCCAAGCCAUGGAGCAGAAGCCCAUCACCUUCUUCCGACAGGCCAGUGCCCUUUGCACGUACCCCGAGCUCUUGAAGGACCCCAACUUCCCAGAGGAUGCCAAGGAGAAAGCGCGGAGGUUGCUGUCUGCAUGUGGCGGAGGCAGCAUCGGGGCCUACAGCACCAGCUCGGGUAUUCACCUCAUCCGCCAAGACGUGGCCCGCUUCAUCGAACGCCGCGACGGGGGCAUUUCCUCCAAUCCAGAAAACAUCUUCCUUUCCACCGGUGCCACCAAUGCCAUUGUGACGGUCCUGAAGAUGCUGGUCUCUGGAGAGGGCCGCUCACGCAUGGGGGUCCUGAUCCCCAUCCCAGAAUACCCGCUCUACUCGGCCGCUUUGGCGAAGCUCAAUGCCGUGCAGGUCAACUACUACUUGGAUGAGGAGAAGAGCUGGGACUUGGACAUUGGGGAGCUGCGGAGGGCCCUGCGCCAGGCCCAGGAGCAUUGCCGCCCAAAGGUCCUCUGCAUCAUCAACCCCGGGAACCCCACCGGAAGUGUCCAAAGCCGGAAGUGCAUUGAAGAUGUCAUCCGCUUCGCAUGGGAGGAGCACCUCUUCCUCCUAGCUGAUGAGGUUUACCAGGACAACGUCUACGCCGAGGGCUCCCAGUUCCACUCCUUCAAGAAGGUGCUCUUUGAGAUGGGGCCCAAGUAUUCCGACAGCCUGGAGCUGGCCUCCUUCCACUCCAUUUCCAAGGGCUUCAUGGGAGAGUGCGGCUUCCGCGGAGGUUACAUGGAGAUUGUCAACAUGGACCCCGCUGCCCAGCAGCAGCUGAUCAAGCUGACCUCGGUCUCGCUGUAUCCUCCUGUGAUAGGGCAGAUCCUGCUUGGCCUGGUGGUCAACCAGCCCCAGCCAGGAGACCCUUCUUACCAACAGUUCAUUCAGGAGAAGCAGAUGGUGCUGAGCACUUUGGCCAAAAAGGCCCGGCUGACCGAGCAGACCUUCAACAAAGCCCCCGGGAUCCACUGCAACCCCAUCCACGGAGCCAUGUACGCCUUCCCUUGCAUGCAGCUCCCUCCUGAGGCCAUCCAGGAAGCAAAGGCACAAGGCCAGGCUCCGGACAUGUUCUUCUGCCUCCGGCUUCUGGAGGAGACUGGGAUCUGCGUCCUUCCUGGGAGCUGCUUUGGACAGAAAGAAGGGACCUUCCACUUCAGAAUGACCAUCUUGCCUCCGAUGGAAAAACUGGAGGUCGUCUUGCAGAAGCUGUGCCAAUUCCACGCCAAGUUCACUCAGGAAUAUUCACAGCCCCAGGACCAAAAUGAGGCACCGAGGACAGCCAAGAAGGCCGGCCAGUAGUGGCCCAACAGUGUUGGCAUGGGAGUUUGGACCCGAACUCUGUGCCCGAGUCAUCUCUCACCUUUAAAGAUUCUCGCAGGAGGCAUGUGCCUGUUGGCUGGACAUUUGACCCAGAAAGGCACUGCCAGGACCAGCUCCAUCAUCCACUUCUGAGCUCCAUUGUCCACUUCUCAUGGGGACCCUUUUGGCCACAGCAGAGGCCGUUGCCUGCCCCGGUGUCCACAGAACAAUCCAUCCAUCUUUCCUCCUAUUCCUCCCUGGUUAUCUCUCUAUCCCAUUUAGAGGUUCAAGAUGGGGACACAUGGCAAUGGCUCUGUGUGUCUGUCUAUAUAUGUUGAGUGUCUAUGGCAUCGAAUGUUUGCCAUGUAUGUGUGCAUUGUGAACUGUGACGGCGCGAGUGGUGCCACCUAUAUGUAGAACUGUAAGUUGCAGGAUUUGAACUGUUGUAUCAUGCCUGAUUUUGCCUUUUUACCCUGUAAAUGUAUAGUUGGAUUGAUUGGUUAUUUAUAGCUGUCAAUCAAUGUUGUUUGCACCAGUUGAAUUGCUCCUCCUGCUCAAUUGUUUGACCCCACCUCUUCCUAGAGAGCAGGACAGUGUUUCCUUUUCCAUUCCAUCAAACUUUCUAUCAGAUGGACGUGAGAGAGAGACUUGGCUCUGAAGCCCUUGAUUAAGUUACCUCUCAGCACCAAUUCUGAGGUUCUUACCCUUGAGACUUAUGCUUCAUGUUCAGACCAACCUGAACGACGUUGGGAAGUCUCAAGUGCCUUCAAACCAGUUCUUUUGGCACCAGAGGAAGACCCUGUGUCUUCAAACAUAGGCCAUUUGGACUGGGGUUGUGGAUUGCUCCGGCAUUCACAGCCAUUGAGAAAGAGGGACCUG